GGCAGCGGGGCGGGGCCGGGAGCCCGGCGGGCGCGGGAGUGCGGAGCAGGUCGUAGCUAAGCAGUGAGCAGGAUGCCCCCGGGCAUUUACUGCCCUAUGGAAUUCUGGUCCAAGGGGGAAAACCAAAACAUCCAGGUGGACUUUCUGCUGCCAACAGGCAUAUACUUGAACCUCUCUGUGCCCUGCAAUGCCAGCUUGGGCACCAUCAAACAGGUGGUGUGGAAGCACGCUCAGUAUGAGCCACUCUACCAUAUGCUCAGUGAUCCUGAGGCCUACGUCUUCACGUGCAUCAACCAGACAGCUGAACAGCAGGAGCUGGAGGAUGAGCAGCGGCGCCUUUGUGACAUCCAGCCCUUCCUGCCCGUCCUGCGGCUCGUGGCUCGAGAAGGUGACAGAGUCAAGAAGCUUAUUAACUCCCAAAUCAGCCUGCUUAUUGGGAAAGGUUUGCACGAAUUUGACUCUGUGCAGGAUCCAGAGGUGAAUGAUUUCCGCACCAAAAUGUGCCAAUUCUGUGAGGAGAGAGCAGCAAAGCGGCAGCAGCUCAGCUGGGCAGCUUGGAUGGAGUACAACUUUCCCUUGCAGCUUGAGCCCAUGGCCAAAGGCCUUGGAACUGGACUCUUGCACACACCCACCAAGAACAUUUUUGUCAACGUCAAGUUUCAGUCUGGAGGGGAGAGCUUCACUUUCCAGAUCUCCCCAAAUGAGUUCCCCAUCACAUUAAUGAGCUAUGCUGUCAAGAAGCAGGCUACUGUCUUCCGCCAUGAGACAAUGGAGAACCCGGAGGACUACACACUGCAGGUGAAUGGGAAGUAUGAAUAUCUCUACGGGAACUACCCCCUGUACCAGUUCCAGUACAUUCGUAGCUGCCUGCACCGAGGCUUAACGCCCCACCUGACUAUGGUACACUCCUCCACUAUUAUUGCUAUGAGAGAUGAGCAGAUCAACAGUAUUGCCAACCCCCCAAAGAUGGCAGUGAAGCCUCCCCCACUCCCUAAGAAAAAGCCGAACUACGGUUCUCUCUGGUCCUUGGAGCAGUCUUUCUACAUUGAGCUAGUGCAAGGCAGCAAGGUCAAUGCAGAUGAGAGAAUGAAGCUGGUGGUGCAGGCAGGUCUCUUUCAUGGCAAUGAGAUGCUGUGCAAAACGGUGUCAAGCUCUGAAGUGAACGUGUGCUCAGAGCCGGUGUGGAAGCAGAGGCUGGAUUUCGAUAUUAAUAUCUGUGAUCUUCCUCGUAUGGCACGGCUCUGCUUCGCACUCUAUGCUGUCAUUGAGAAGGCAAAGAAAGCACGAUCCACCAAGAAGAAGUCCAAGAAAGCUGACUGCCCCAUUGCCUGGGUGAAUGUCAUGCUCUUUGAUUACAAGGACCAGCUGAAAACAGGGGAGUGCUGCUUGCACAUGUGGUCAUCCUUCCCAGAUGAGAAAGGUGAACUUCUGAACCCCAUGGGCACAGUGCAGUGCAACCCCAACACAGAAAGUGCAGCAGCCUUACUCAUCUGCUUCCCCAACGUUGCAUCGCAUCCUGUGUAUUAUCCAUCAUUUGAGCAGCUGCUGGAGUUGGGGAGGAAUGGAGAACAACCCCGCUCUGCACCAGAAGAUCCAGAGGAGAAGCUGCAACUGAAGGAAAUAUUGGAGCGGAGGAGCCACACGGAGCUCUAUGAGCAUGAGAAAGAUCUGGUGUGGAAGAUGAGACAUGAUAUCCGGGACCAAUAUCCACAAGCUUUGGCAAAGCUCCUUACCAUCACCAAAUGGAACAAGCAUGAAGAUGUGGCGCAGAUGAUUUCCCUGCUUCAGAGCUGGCCAGAGUUGCCUGUCCUGAAUGCCUUGGAGCUGUUGGAUUUUAGCUUCCCUGACCGUUAUGUUGGCUCCUUUGCAAUCAACUCAUUAAAGAAGCUGACAGAUCAUGAAUUGUUCCAAUAUCUGCUGCAGCUUGUCCAGGUGCUCAAGUAUGAAUCCUACUUAGACUGUGAAUUAACCAAGUUCCUGCUGGACAGGGCUCUAUCCAACCGUAAGAUCGGGCACUUCUUGUUCUGGCACCUCAGGUCAGAAAUGCACGUCCCUGCAGUUGCCUUGAGGUUUGGCUUGAUCCUGGAAGCAUAUUGCAGAGGCAGCACCCACCAUAUGAAGGUUUUGAUGAAACAGGGAGAAGCACUCAGCAAGAUGAAAGCUCUGAAUGAAUUUGUUAAAUUGAGUUCUCCAAAGGCCACCAAGCCUCAAGCCAAGGAGAUGAUGCAUGUGUGCAUGAAGCAGGAAACUUACCUCGAAGCACUUUCCCACCUCCAGUCCCCUCUGAACCCCAGCAUUAUCCUCACUGAAGUUUGUGUGGAUCAGUGCACGUUUAUGGAUUCCAAAAUGAAGCCCUUAUGGAUUGUUUUUAAUAACGAAGAAACAGGUGGAGGUGGAGUGGGUAUCAUUUUUAAAAAUGGAGAUGAUCUUCGUCAGGACAUGCUGACUCUGCAGAUGAUCCAGCUGAUGGACAUCCUGUGGAAGCAGGAGGGUCUGGACCUGAGGAUGACUCCUUAUGGCUGCCUCUCCACAGGAGACAAGACUGGGCUGAUAGAAGUAGUCAUGCAUUCUGAUACCAUCGCUAACAUCCAGCUGAACAAGAGCAACAUGGCUGCCACUGCGGCCUUCAACAAGGAUGCACUGCUAAACUGGCUGAAAUCCAAGAACCCAGGUGAUGCUUUAGAACAAGCUAUAGAGGAGUUCACUCUUUCCUGUGCUGGGUACUGCGUGGCAACGUACGUGCUGGGGAUCGGUGACCGGCACAGCGAUAACAUCAUGAUCCGGGAAACUGGCCAGCUGUUCCAUAUUGAUUUCGGUCACUUUUUGGGGAACUUCAAGACCAAAUUUGGUAUUAAUAGAGAACGAGUUCCUUUCAUCUUAACCUAUGAUUUUGUGCACGUCAUCCAGCAAGGAAAAACAAACAACAGUGAGAAGUUUGAAAGAUUCAGGGGUUAUUGUGAAAAGGCCUACAUGAUUCUGAGGCGCCAUGGUCCUCUCUUCCUGCACCUGUUUGCACUGAUGAAAGCUGCUGGCCUGCCAGAGCUCAGCUGCUCCAAGGACAUUCAGUACCUGAAGGAUUCCCUAGCUCUUGGUAAAACGGAUGAAGAGGCACUGAAACACUUCAGACUCAAGUUUAAUGAAGCCCUGCGAGAGAGCUGGAAAACCAAAGUGAACUGGCUGGCACACAAUGUAUCCAAAGAUAACAGACAGUAGAGGGAUGGAGUCAGCCUGCACACUUGCUCCAAGAGAAUGUACAACCACUUGCACUGAAUCCAACGAUUGUAGACUGGUUUUAGAAGACUGAUGAAUGUUGCCGUGUUUAAGAUCCCUCACCUUUGGUCCCAGAGAUCACAUCUUUCUGCCUAACUGAAAGUUGUUGGACUGUCAUCAGCCACCUCAUCAUGCCUGCACCAGACCUUUGUGUGGCAAGGGAGAGGCACAAGGCAAUAAAAUUACUGCAAACAGUGAAAGGUAGGUAGAUGGACCACAUCCUUAACAACUCGUUAAGUUUCAAAUACAUCUUCUAAUGGAAGAGUUCAGGCAGAUUCAAUAUACAUUGAAGUCAGUCAGUGUGCUAACAUGUCUAUUUUUAUUUUCUUGAUAAUUCAGCCAAACACUGAACAGCUACUCUGCUGUGGCUCUUAUAGCACAGCUGUUGUAGGCCUCUACCAUUACAGCUCAGGCUUUAACUCACUACGUCCUACCCUGUUUCAGCGUACACCAAGGUAGGUCAGCCUAAAUCUCCUCCGAAACCAGCUUGUACAAACUUUUUAUUCUGCACUGUGACAGAAUUAAAAAGUAAAUCCAUACUAUCACAUUACUGUCUCUCUGCUGCAGAGGCCAGAGAGCUCCGAGAUGCUGCCUAAAAUCUCACGCCUCGAGAAGAGGUGCUUGGGUUGGCCUAAACUUGAGUUAGGUACGUUUGUUUGCUUACUUAAAGCAGACCUUAGGUUAAACUCAGCUAGCUUCUUGUUUUCUGCAUUUGUUCUGUUUUUAAGCCUGAAAACAUGAAAAUUGCAUUGUGCCAAUGGACAUGUGCCACAGGUUGCUGAAUGUACCUCCUGGUGGGGUGUUACAGCUCCUUUGCCACCUGGUUUCCCUCUAAAGCAUACAUGGAGGGCAUUGGCCUGCACUUAUGUACUUACUGGGAUACAACACUGGGUUACAGUGUCAGAUGGGACACAUGGUACCACUCUGUGCUUAAGUUAUUUGGCCAGUCUGCUUUCCUGUGUAAAGAUAGAGGAGUGCCAGAUGAGUGGGUUUAGUACUGAAAAAUUGCAUCUCAGUUCAUCUGCAAAGUUUGUUCCCUGCUCUCUUCAGCCAUAUGCUCUCAGCUGAGGCUCUGUUUGUUAUUACAGCUGGGGUGCAAAGCCUGUGAGUGGGGAGGUCAGCCAAAGAACAAGGUGCAGUCAUCUGUGCUGGUACCUACACUGGACAAACUGUUCCAGCCUUCUGCUGUUGCCACAGCUGCCUUUGUCUCUUUACCAAGGAAAUUUGUCCCCUGUCCCACAAGGUGCUGUUAAUCACGUAUUUCUACUCUUGUGUUGUAUUUUUGUCUCCAGCUAAUGUCCUUACCUGGUGGGCAGUUCUGAGCACUGGUGUUCCACAGGGACAGAUGAACAGGAGCCACUGCUGUCCCUCAGUGCCUCCCAUGAGCAAAUUGAGGUGCAUGAAACAGGCUGCAGCCUAUGGGUCGUGCUGGAAGAUAAGCAGUCUGGUUAGUAUCUGCUUCCUUUAGCAGUUCCUUGGGGUGCUUCUCUUCCAUUCCCUGUGUUCUGCACACCAUCAUGUUCCUCAAGAGGUGCUACCAUUUCUGUCUUUUAAAGAAUGACUGUCAGAUUUUCCCGACAUCCCUGAAGUUGAAUUAGCUCUUUGAGUUGUAUGCCCUGACCUGGGUUGAACAAUGGUUAAUUUACAGGACUCAUGUAGAUAAAAAGAAACAAAGGCACUUCCUAUCCUUUUUUCCAAGCAACAAGAAACAUGUCAAAUGAUGGACUACUCUCAUGUAAAUUUAAGCUUUCAUGCCUCGUUUGAGUUAAUUUUGCCAAACAUUUCCUCAAAAAGAGCUAGUUUAGGGCAGAUGCUGAACGUGCCUAUUUUUUCCCAGUACAUCUUCCCUGUUAUGGGGUAAAUUUCAUUUGUUUUUGCAACCAGGACUUAAGAAUAACUCAUUCUUGACUUUUAGCUCUUUUUACUGCAUUAAAAUGAGGUGCCCUGUAAUUCAGAGAAAACAAAUGAAAAAACACAGCAUCCUUGUACUGCAGGGUAAGCCCAGUGCUUUUUAAAAGCAUGAGUUCAAAUAGCUGUGCAGCUGAUGAAGAACAAAUCUAAGUUAACACUGCCUCAAAGCAACUCCUACCUCUGUAGAAAGUAACAGUAGAUAUUAUUAUGUCAGUGAAUGGAGCAACACUGCAUAAUUACUUUCUCUGAUAUGUUUGUUUCCUAUGUCUAUGCUGUAAUUCACGGUUUCCUUAAAUUGAACAGCAGUCAGUGAUCUCAUGUUUCAAACCCAUAUUUGUAAUUACAAUUGCAAAUCAUAAAUUUGUUCAUACAAAUUAUGAGAGUAAUCCACAGUGUUCUUUUAGCCAAGGUUUUAAAUAUCAUAAAGAUAACUUAUUUGCAGUGCCAGUUGAUGCCAACUACUCUAAUUCUUCAGUGCUUUUUUUAUUUUGCUAAGACUCAGAGUCGUGGAGACUGAGCAUUCUGCACUCCAUCUUAUUGGAAUAAUACAGAAAACAUGCCACAGUCACAGAAUACAGUAAGGUAGGAAGAGAUCCUAAUUAAGGACUACAUAGGAAAUGCAAAAGCAAUCUUUCAGUUGCUUUGCUAUUAGAAAAAAAUACUGUAGAAUUUAGAGCUCUUUGAAUACUAAUCUGACAGUGAGAAAACAAUACUGCACACACUUAAGUUACUGCUUCCUCAGUAGGGAGGAAAAAUUAUAAAACCACAACACGCACUGUGCUCCCUCCUUUGGGGUGGUGUGCCUGGACUCUGCUUGCAGAGGUGCCUGUGGCCACACAACUUCGCUGUAUCUUUAGGUAAAUAUUGCUGUUUCCUUAUUAAAUUAACUCAUUGGUGCAGACAGCAUGCAGAAAUAUCAGGCCACAAGCAAGCUGAGAGGCAGUGCAACCACAGUAAUCUUAUGGGAGGGAAGAAACAUGCUACAAAACUGUAAAUAUAAACACAAUUAUCUUACAUUGCUAUAAGCAGGGAAGCCAGGAUCCCGUGUCAGCUGCAGCAAGGCAGUCUUACCUAGCAGGCUCCUUGGGUGUGCUCAGGUACUUUGAUCACAGGCUCACAGCAGUUCCUACCUGCUUACAGAAGUACAAAGCAGCAGUGGCUCCUGUCAUCUGUCCUUCCAUUGUGAAAGUGCAAUAAAACAAAGCUGUUAUCAGCAUCAACUACUAGAGCUGAGCCAUUCCAAAGGCGUCUCAAUUCAGCACAGUUUUACAGCUAGGUUACGCCAUCAACAAAGCUGACUUUCCUACAAGCAGUAAAAAUGUUGAUGAGUCAUUGAGUGGAUUUCCUCCCUUGUACACCCCUGGGACAGCAUCUUGACUGGAGCUCUGAUGGCUGCACUGGGCAGCAAAGAGCUGCUGUCUCCAGCUUUACACAACAGCUCACCUGAUGCUUUCCAGAGAGUUGAACUGUACUAAAGAUGAAAACUUAAAUCAUUUUCAAAGAUAUUGUGUUUCACUGUAAAUAAGUAUCUUCUGCUUUAUAAAUAUGCUCCGUGAUACUCCUUUCUAUUUAUUUAGAGAUGUUUUUUGUGAUUUUAACUCUGUAUAAACUGAUUGUUCUUAUUUUGUUGCCUUUGAAAAAGAAAAGUAUUUUUUUAAGGAAACCAUGGUUCUGUAACAAGAGUGUGUUCAUAUGUUUAACAACUUUUUGGUUGCUUUAGGUACGUGUUUUGUAAAUAAAUAAAAAAGGAUUAAAUUGCACACCAA